AUGUCAUCAACAUCGGCGCCACAAAUACCCUUCGCUGAAGGCACCGAGGAGUAUGGCUACUACGAGAGACUACAACAUGUCGUCAGAUCCCGCCUCCCCGGUAUGAAACCCCGGGUUCUUGUCAUUACAGACAUCGAACAAGACUACGAUGACCUCCUCGCUAUUAUCUUUCUGAGCGAGAUGCACCGCAUGGGCGCCAUCGAAAUUGCCGGCUGCAUAGCAAACCAUCACCCAGCGGACAGACGCGCUAAGUUCCUUCGAACAACUCUAGACUGCCUCAACCUGCAGCAUGUACCGGUUGCUAUUGGCACUAAGGGUGCUAGCGACAUCGUGGCCCAUGCUCCAGAUCUCUACUAUGGCCUCAAGAACAGACGGUUUCACGACUACGCCGAGAGAAAACAUACACCUCCUCUCUCAGGCGAAGAGCUCAUCGACUUCCUUGUCGACCAAUCCGGCAAGGUACAGACACCGGGGGGGACACCUACACAAAAGCUCACUGUUUUGCUCAUCUCUUCAUUACAAGACAUAAGCGAAGCAUUCGAGCGGUGGAAGUCAGUACCCGGCCCACCCUUCCCCACAGACAAAUUCGACAAGUUCAUCUCUCAAGGCGGGUAUAAACUAGAGGGCAACAACCUCUGGCCAGAGAUGGGCAUGACAAACAACAAAUUCCACCGUCAAGCGGCCAAGAACUACACUCGAACCCUUCAAGGUUGCAAGCUCAAGUCUGACGCUUGGUCUCGCGAAGCCGCGAAGGCCGCCCGUCUCGAUGGCUCGUUCUUCCAGGAGCUCUUCCAACUGGGGCCUAUCGGUGCUCAUCUCGAGUGGGUGUGGCUAAGGCAGGAGUUCAAAUUCUACUACGAUCCCCUUAACGAUCCAUAUAUGCCCCAGCUCGAUGUUGGAUGGUAUCUGAACACACGCCUCAACCUCUCUCGAAAAUCGGACCUGUUCCAGCAAUUAGCAAAGUCGAUGCCGCCCUUCCAAGAGGUAGUCCCUCUUAUCAAGGUCAUUGCCUACGACUGCUGUGCCGCGGUCGGUGCAGUCGGCGAGGACUUCAUGAAAGCCUUCCACGUGCUUGACCCAUCCGUGAAGCAACAGGCCCCCCUCGACGAAACACUUUCCGAACACGAAAGGCUUUUCAAUGACAACAAAACCAUCCACCGCCUCUUCGGCCGGACACAAGACGACAUGGGCGGGAUCAACGCUGACCAACUAGCCAGCGUCAUGGAAGUCUUUAUAUUAGGAGGCUUACUCGCCACAAAGGACCACGCCGAAAAGUUAUUACAAACCAAGAGCCCAUCCACAGCUAUACCCGACCACGAACCCAUGCAAUACAAAAAUACCCUCGAAAACUGGGAACACGACAGGCAACAGCCCCUCAUCACUGAAGUCAAGAGGUGCCGGAAGGAGUUACAGGGUCUCAAAGAUAAGCAAGCAGACGCACAGGACAGUCUGGAGCUGGCGAGGACAGCAAAAUCACAUGAUAGGGUGAGACAGGCGGAAAAUACCUUGAAUGAGGUGGUUGGGAAGCAGACAAAGGCCGAGAUUGCUUUGAACGCGGCAAUUGGUAGGAUCGAGGAGGACAAGACACGGGGGGCGGAGAGGAAGUUGAGAGGAGAGUAUGAUUCUAGCACACCGGAGCUAUCUGGGGCUCCGUAUGAGCUGCUCUAUCAGAGGGAUGUUCUCGGGAGAGCGUAG